GUAGAGAGGUUGAAGGGGCUGGGCCCACAGCGGAGAAAUGGCGAGAAUGGUUACCGAGAACGGCUGUGGAGUGGAAACACAGAACCCAGAGCCGCAGGGACCGGGCCGGGGUGCGGCCAGAUGGGGUCCACAACACGCCGGUGCCCAAGAACUCGCCAAUUUAUACUCACCAGGCAAAAGAUGUCAAGAAUGGAUAAGUGUUAUCCUCUGCUUCUCUCUCAUGGCCUUCAAUUUCAUUCACCUACUUGCCAACUUCCAUCUGGGACACAUGUGGUACAUCCUGUUGAGCAUCGUGGCAGGAAUACUCACCGCAGACUUUGCGUCUGGAUUUGUUCACUGGGGGGCUGAUACGUGGGGGUCAGUGGAUCUACCCAUCUUUGGAAAGGCCUUUAUACGACCUUUUAGAGAGCACCACAUUGACCCCACAGCCAUUACCCGUCACGAUUUCAUUGAGACCAAUGGUGACAACUGCAUGCUGACCAUAGUCCCUUUGGCGAACAUGGCCUUCAACUUCCUCAUACUCUCCCCUGCGGAGGUUUACCAUAGCUACCCCUGGUACUGCUACUUGUAUGCACUAGCCAUCUUUGUGACUCUUACCAACCAGAUUCACAAGUGGUCGCACACAUACUUCGGCCUGCCUCGCUGGGUGGUGCUCCUACAGGACUGCCACAUCAUCCUGCCCCGCAAGCACCACCGCAUCCAUCACGUCUCCCCUCAUGAGACGUACUUCUGCAUCACUACAGGAUGGCUGAACUACCCUCUGGAGAAGCUGGGUUUUUGGAGGUACCUGGAGGAUAUUAUCCAGGGUGUGACGGGAGAGAAGCCCAGGGCUGACGACCUGAAAUGGGCUCACAAAGUCAAGUAACUCCGCAGGCUUACUGCAUCCUACCUCAGAAGAUGCUGGCUCCGUCCAGGCUUCUCACGCCCUUUUUGCCUCACUUAAACUGUAAAAACUAACAAACACUUUCUGAUGCCAUAGCUUUAAGUCUGUUUUUCAAAAGCAGGGCUCUGUUGAUGGAUUUUUUCACUCACUCAUGGAGAUCAUCAUUCAAAUUGCAAUAUAUCCUAAACUCUUCGUAUGUCAAACAGAGCUCAUCAUUUUUUUAAUGUGAUUUACAAACGCUUCUGCUAAAAAGGUUUGGUCAGAUACAUGAUUUGAAAUUGCGUUCCAAGGAGAUUAAAACAUUUCCCUCACAUCGAUUAAAUUAUAUUUAUAUCAGUUUUUGGACCCCCCCCCCCAUUUUAAGGGUCUUCUUGAUGUGCAAGUAAUAACGUUGGAUUUAAGCCAUGGUAAGAGGUAGGGUGGGGUGAUACAAGAUUUUGAGAUGCUUUACCAAUGUUGAUAGCUAAAGAUUUGAUGAUAGCCAAAUUGGGUAAUUACUGUUACAUUUGUUGACUUGCACGCUUGGGUUUAGCUGCACACUUCUUUUUUAUUUUUUAAUACUAACCAUUGCCCAUUGUUGUGUCUAGUAACUUAUCACAAAUCAACAUGCAACCAUAUUUUUAAUAGUUUAGUCAUGGAUUUGUUAAUGUGGGACAAUGACUACAGUUGCAGUGGAAGAGUUGAUACCCAAGUCAUCCCUCCAGGAUGCAAAAUGGCAGGUCUGUCAGCUCAGAGAAACUAGUUUUAAAGUAAACAAACCAAAAAGAAUAUAAAAAUAAAUUGCUCAAAUUGCUGUCAGAUCCUAAGCUGUCAUUUUGAUUGGAAUUAGUUUUUUUUUCUGGAUGAUGAAACAGUUGAAACAGUUGUCAUUUUUUUAGGAGAUGGGUAAUUUUCAGUAAUUUGAUCUGUGUUUUGUAACUGUAGUCAGGGUUGAUGCUAGGCCAUUAAAACAUCUGGGCGAAUACACAUGUAUUGUGCUGUUGUUCUGCUGAGGCAGCCUGGCCCUACUGUGUAGUCUUUUCAGAUGAUCACGUGUCUUCUGUGAAAAACAUUUUUAGUUUUUAUUUCACUCCUGUUAACAGUUUUGCAAGAAAGAGUUCCAUGCAGUUUUUGUCAAUCUGCCUUACACUCCACAGAUGCAGUACUGGUGUCUCUUUUGUUUCUUUUGCAGCACUUCUUGUUGCACUGGUAACAUUGUUUUCACCACUCGCAUCAUCUUUUGUAUUUUGGGAAGGAAUGUUGCCACCGUGUACUGUCUUGGUAACUGUGACAAGCAGACUUGGUGAUAUUACAGGGACUUUGGUGAAGGCUGACGAUCCAGGAAUUUCUUCACUCCUAUAGAUGAGAUCAUGGAAUUUAAUCAAUUGGUUGGACAUUGUUUUUAACACUUUAGUCAGUCAUUUGUAAAUGUGUUGUACAGCGAAUAACUAUGCAGUGUAAUAUGAGGCCCUUAACUAUAUGUCUUAAGUCAUCCGAGUAGGUUAAAUGCCUUUCUAUUUCUAAUUAUUUAUACAUAUUUGCUAAGUUGAAAAACUGGAGCUCAAAAAUUUAGCUACCUAAUAAACUGCAUGACAAAGUUACUUAUUAAGAUGUCACAUACACUGACGUAAGAAUGCAUGCAUGCAUACAGCAUGGCGGCUUGUGCAUAUAAUUUACUGGGUCAUCAGCUUUCCUUUGAGUUUGUGUAAAGCAGACUCUGACUAGGGAGGAUUGUGCUCGCUUCAGAUGAAAUUAAUUGUACUGCUUUCAAAAGAUGACCCCAAACUGACCAGAUGGUCCUGGGUUUGAACUACCAAAAUGUUAUCUUCAUUCCAAGGAAAUCCUGGCAAAUACUUUCAGGUUUAAAUGGGAGAAGCUAACCAUGCUGUUCAGUUGGGUUAAAGGCUGAAUUAUUAAGCUUCUGGUGUUAAAGUCAAAGUAGGCAAUUUAGUGAUAGUUCAUUUUGAAGCCAAAAUUCUGUUUUAUAUUAUGUAAUAUUCCAGUUUUUGAAUCCCUCUUACUUGAUUAUAUAAAAUGAUUCACCAUAGGCCAACAGCAGAAGUACACUGCAGAUUGCAUAGUGCUUGUGGUGUAUUGUGAGAAGCAGUUUUGUAGGUAGUAGGUAGUUUUAUAUACGCUGGUAAAUGGAGGCCUUUAUGUCACUUGCAUCACAAUUAGAGGCUUGCAUUGAAGUUCUAGUCCUAUAGUUCAACAUUAGGCUAAUAUUGCUGGGACACUUCAGUAGACCCAUUUGAACUUUGACAGAGAGGUUAUUUUCUGAAUAGGAUUCUUGGCGUUUGCUCUUCUGAAUGUUUCGGCGCUUCAGUAAAUUGCUUUUUGUGAUGAUAUAGAAGUUGUGUCAAUUUUAAGGACGCUUUGUGUUUUUGUAUUACUGCUAAGGAUAAUGGAUAUAAAUACUAGACAUGACAUGCCAUAAUUAGUUUGGAGAUUAACAAAACCGACUGCUUUGCAAUAAAAAUAUCUGGUGAGCUCAGAAGGAAUCCAUACUAUAAUAUUCUUUGCUUGGAGACAAUAAGAUUUGCUUGAAGACAGACUUGCUAUUUAUGGCUGUCAUAGUCUGGUUGAGAGUAUAGAUCUAACAUACAUUAACUUAUUCAUCAUUGUUAUACUCCAGAUGAUCUCAGGAUUGUGGUUAGAGUGAUUAAAGUAGUUUGACAUGACAUUUGUCACUCAUUUCCAUCAGAUUCUGUUGGCCAAAGUAGCAGAAUGAAUUUUAAUACAUUAUAGGUUCUACUGUAGCUAUAUAUCAGUACAGUGAACCUGGCGUCUUUUUAUUGAGGUAGAAUUUGAGUGGAUUUGAAGGGUAUUUUGUGACAAUGUGUGGUAAGCUUAAUAUUUUACCACCGGAAACAAUUUUAUGAAGGCUAACAAACAUGUUGGUAUGUGGUGUGGGCACUUGUCCUUGAUAUGUUUGACAUGCUGUGUUGAAUUCGCUUUUGUAAUGAACCUUGGACUUAUGAAUUGAAUUGCCUUAUCCUCUCCCUGAUUGAUUUUCUGUAAAUCUUGCCUGCGAUAUAGGAAAACAGUUUAUUGACUGACUUUAAAUUGCCCUUCACUUGCCUCUGAGGUAAGACCCAUAUGGAUGUUGUAGUUGGUUAUGUAUGCUGGUGGUGAUGGAGUUCUAGAUAUCAGAAUAAUGCCUUGAUGCCUUUUUGUUGUCUUCCAUUUCGGAGACAUACAAUGUAUAUAUUAAACUGUAUUUAUAAAUAAACUAAAUAAACGGUUGAUAAUUA